AGAAUACGUUACAAGCCUAGAGUCCACACAAUGUCUUAUCCAAGUUCGCUGCCUUCCAGACCCCCCGCGCUCUUUUUUAGCUGUUUUGUCCAUCUGCAUCCACUCUCUUAGCUGCCAUGAAAAGCUCCACCUCUUGCUCAAGAUUGAAAUUGAAAUUACAAAGACUGAAGGAUGGCAUUGGCGGCAAACCCAUUUUGUUUGUCCCAAGAACAAUAUAUUAUCAGCAGUUCUUCCGUUGCCAAGUCAGGACUUGCAAGUGAUGGCAGGUUUCAUAGGCGACAGAGGCUUCAUUUCCAUGGGGCAGUUUUGUCUCAAUUUUGGCCAAAUAGCAGAAAGUUGAGAUACAUUCAGUCGAUAAGGUCUCAUAGACAUCACUAUGGGGGGGUGAUAAGAUGUUCAAAUCAGCUCUCGGACUGGACAAAGAAGUUUUCUUCUUUGUGUAGCUCUAGUAGUAGAAGUAUGCCCAAGGCAAUAGAAAGACUUAAUUUUGUGGUAUUGAGUGUGACAAAUGCCCUGAAAGAAAGAAACAACUUGGAGUGCUUGAAACUGGCUGGCAUACUACUAUGUGCAUUACUGGUCAUUCCAUCAGCUGAUGCCGUUGAUGCUCUCAAAACUUGUACCUGCUUAUUGAAGGAGUGCAGGCUAGAAUUGGCAAAGUGUAUUGCAAACCCAUCUUGUGCAGCUAAUGUUGCUUGCCUCCAGACAUGCAAUAACCGGCCUGAUGAGACUGAAUGCCAGAUCAAAUGUGGUGACCUAUUUGAAAACAGUGUUGUCGAUGAAUUCAAUGAGUGUGCAGUUUCACGAAAGAAGUGUGUACCUCGGAAGUCUGAUGUUGGGGAAUUCCCUGUCCCUGAUCCUGCUGUUCUUGUCGAGAACUUUAACAUGGCAGAUUUCAGUGGGAAGUGGUUCAUCACUAGUGGCCUAAAUCCUACUUUUGAUACUUUUGACUGCCAAUUGCAUGAAUUCCAUACAGAAUCCAACAAGCUUGUUGGAAACUUGUCAUGGAGGAUAAAAACUCCAGAUACUGGCUUUUUCACUCGAUCAGCUGUGCAGAGGUUUGUGCAAGAUCCAGAGCAUCCUGGAAUACUCUACAAUCACGACAAUGAGUAUCUUCACUAUCAAGAUGACUGGUAUAUUUUAUCAUCGAAGAUAGAAAAUAAACAAGAUGAUUAUGUAUUUGUGUACUACCAAGGCAGAAAUGAUGCAUGGGAUGGAUAUGGCGGUGCAGUUGUGUACACAAGAAGUGCAGUUCUACCAGAAAGCAUUGUUCCUGAACUUGAGAAGGCAGCAAAAAGCGUAGGAAGAGACUUUAGCAAAUUCAUCAGAACAGAUAAUACUUGUGGGCCUGAGCCUCCCCUUGUAGAGAGACUGGAGAAGACUGUAGAGGAAGGGGAGAAGACUAUUAUAAAGGAGGUUGAAGAAAUAGAAGAGAAGGUAGAGAAGGCAGGGAAGACUGAGUUGAGCUUGUUCCAGAGAUUGACAGAAGGAUUUAAAGAAAUACAAAAAGACGAGGAAAAUUUCUUAAGAGAAUUAAGUAAAGAAGAGACGGAUCUAUUAAAUGAUCUGAGAAUGGAAGCAGGUGAGGUGGAGAAACUCUUUGGACGAGCACUGCCUAUAAGGAAAUUAAGAUAGAAUUCAUCUUAAAAGGACAUACUGGUUAGACCAUAUAUUGAUAGAUUCUUCUUAUUUAAAACAAAAAAAUAUUCAUGCCUUUUAUUCUUUGAGAAAUGUAUAGCCAAAAUUCUGUCUAUACUUUCUCUGAUUCUCCCAGAGAAGGAAAUCUUGAUUUCCUUUUUUUGUUC